ACAGUUUUGUCCUCUUCUCGAACCACUAAAACAAUGGCUACACAACUCCGACCACCUCCUUAUUCUUCUCUCUUUUUUCUGUUUCAAAUAAUCAAAAGGGUUUUACUUUAAAUGGACAAAAGUGCGCCAGCACGACGUCGUCUGGCUCUUUUAUCUUCCCAUCUUUGUCCGGCAACCUCACCGCCGAAAUCAAAUUGCUUUAAUCCUCUCGUGGUUACCAAUUGCACUUCCAGCUCCAAUGCAGAGAACACAGAAAAUGGAUGCAUUUUCUGUAAGAUUGUUCGAGGCGAAUCACCCGCAAUUAAGGUCUACGAAGAUGAUGUGUGCCUCUGCAUCUUAGAUACAAAUCCUUUGAGUUGUGGGCACUCGCUUAUCAUUCCAAAGUGUCACUUUUCUUCUUUGAAAGAGACUCCGCCAUCAGUUGUGGCCUCCAUGUUCUCUAAAGUUCCUGCGAUUAGCAGUGCAGUCAUAAAAGCCACCGGUUGUGAUUCAUUCAACCUGUUAGUCAACAAUGGGGAAGCUGCAGGCCAGGUUGUUUUUCACACCCAUAUUCAUAUAAUUCCUCGUAAAGCAAGCGACUGCUUAUGGGCUUCCGAGAGCUUGAGGAGACGACCACUGAAGUUAGACCAGGAAGCCAAGAAACUUGGAGAGAACAUUCGGGAAAAUUUACCAUCUUUGGGCAACAUAGAAGACAGCAAAGGCCAAGUUUCCGAUCUGAUUGGUAACUAGGGAUGGUGCGCUCUUUUUUGUAUAUUUGUAACCUAUGCAGAAGGCUAUAAGCAAUCUGGAUAUAAUUGCAAUUCCUUGUUCUCUGUUUUUUCCUCAGUCAAUUACUGGUGAAAUGAGUUGGGAUUGUUGUAAAUUAGCUCAUAGUUUCCCUUGUUAAGUUACGUGAACAAUAUCUCUUUUUCUUUUUCCCGUCUUUUUUCCUCUUAUGAUUGUAUUGUAUUUCUAGUUGGGAAUGAAAUUAGAAAUUAACAGCA